AUGGCAGAGGGGCUAAAAAUCAAACUGCUCCAAUCCACUCCCUACUAUGCUCAGGCAAAUGGACAGGCAGAAUCAAGCAACAAAGUGAUCAUUAACAUCAUCAGGAAAGUGCAGGAGAAGAAUCCAAAACAAUGGCAUGAAAAGCUAGCAGAAACUCUAUGGGCCUACAAAACUUCAAAAAGGGAGGCAACUGACAUGACUCCAUAUGCUCUAACGUAUGGACAUGAUGCAAUUCUGCCCAUGGAGAUUGCAGUUCAGUCCAUCAGAAUUGCCCAGCAACAUGAUUUAGUUGGAGAAGACUACUCACAAGCAAUGUGGCUAGAAUUUGAAGGGUUGGAUACAAGUAGAAUUGGUACCCUCAACAAACUCUUGGCAGGAAAACAAGCUGUGGCAAGAGCCUAUAACAAAAGAGUCCGAAACAAGAGUUUUGAAGAAGGAGAAGUUGUCUGGAAAUCAGUUCUGCCCCUUGGAACACACAUGGCCGGUUAUGGAAAAUGGUCACCUACAUGGGAAUGGUCUUUCAUAAUUCAACAAGUCCUUGGAUUAGGGGCAUACAGGUUACAGGAUCAAGAUGGAGACAUACAGGCUGCACCAAUUAAUGGCAAGUGGUUGAAAAGUUCAAUCCAACUAUGUGGGAUUCACAGGAGGCACAAAUAG